AUGGACGGCUAUCCAGCUGGGAGCCUGGACCACAACCUCCCUUUCCUCGUCGUUGCCGGCUUGACCGAAGCUCCAGCAAAUGCGCUACCCUUUGACAACGAGCUGAAAGAUCAGGGAGUUUUGUUACAGUCGCAGCUGCCCUCUCUGGAAACGAAGGAGGCCGAGGCGCUGAGGGAAUACAUUGCCGGUCAGGAUGCAGGGGACCAGCCAUGGAACCCUCAGCUUGCUACCAAGCCCUACAAGUUCAGGGUUGCAUUCACAGGCAGGUCUUUUGUGCUGCCUCCUCGCCGAGCCCGGCUGCCCGAUGGUAUCGAAACACCCGAGUUCCCCCCGGUUUUACACUCGCCAUUUUCGCCGCUGAGCCCCAUCUCCCCUCUGUACCCCGAUGGGUUGAUCGAUGCGCAAUGGAUUCAGAAGCACCAGCAGAUGGUGCCCAGUGUGUAUCUGUGCUUCUACACGCUCACAUCCGACACAUCUAUGGCUAUCCUGAACGAUAACCAAUUGAAGAAGGAUAUCAACAUACUGAGGCUAGCGCUCACCCAGUCAGGCUACAAGACUCGCCUGGUUGUUGCUCUGCUGAGUGACGACUCUGAGUCGUCCCCGUCCUUGUCUGAAGAUAUUCAAGAAAGACUAGAAAACAUUCGGAGAGGUGUGGCAAUGGAUCCGAAGUCGUUCUUCUACAUCCCGACCCAGGACUCUUUCACAGAGUUGGAGCAGACCACCGACAGUAUCCUGUCGACCAUUUACUCCCACUCGAUCGAGUACUACCGCGAUCUUGGACGCCAUGCUAGGAAGAAGCGCACCCGCGGCGUGACCCCUCAACCCACAGUACCCCCGACGAGUGGCACAUCGCAGACGUUGACACUGCAGGACUGCAACGUUCGCUACGACUUCAAGGCCGGUGUCUUUGCCGAAUUUCGUCAGGAGAUGGAUUCGGCGUUGAGAUCAUAUGACCAGGCAUACGAGGGGGUUUUGAGCGAGGAUGUUAUGGACAUGAUCCCUAGUUGGAGCCCACGCUGGAAUGAAGCACGCCUUCUCACCGAUGUCAUCACGAUUCGAGCAAUUCGAUGCUCCUUAUGGAAUGGACAGACGACUUCGGCCGUACGGAGAUGGCGUGCCCACCGUGAUCGCAUUGCAGACUUUGUCGACAGGCGCGGGCGCGGUACAAAUAACUACGGCUGGGAAGCGUGGGAGUCGAGAUGGGCACUUGUCAUGGUGAAUCUGAUCGACAAGGCGGAACUGGCGCAGCUGGCGCCACCCACACUGUCCCUGUAUAUUCAGCCAGAAAAGGUUGUCAUGGGCGAGCGGCUUCAACCAUGGGAGAUGCUUCACCACACAGGCUACUGGUAUCGAGAUGCAGCUCGUCACUUGCAUUCUCGUCGUGCGUUGGCCCAUGCGAUAUCCGAGGAGCAUCGUCGAAUCCCGGACCCGAAGCCUGAAGGUGCGAAUGCGACCAAUAACGCGUACAGUUACGAUACGUAUCUCUGCCCCGCACCGUAUGAGGAGUCGCCUCUUGAUGGCCAAGGCACGAACCAUGCGCAACUAAUCAUAGACUGUCUGAUGGCCGCAAGAGCUGAGUUCCAGGUCCGCCGGCAGCAUCGCGUGUCGGCGGAGCUGUCACUUGAAUGUGCUAGAGAGAUGGCCCGCUUGAAAGCCUGGGACGACGUCGUCGCACUGUUAAGGCCUCUCUGGGUGGACAUGUCGUUCCGAAGCGAGGGAUGGUUGGAUAUUACUGAAGACCUCAGCUGGCUAUUGAGGGCUGCUGCUGCCAAGGUUGGGCUCGGGGACCUUGUUGUCUCCAUUGACUGGGAGCUCUUGAACAAAAACUUUACGCGGCGGCCAAACUGGCCAUACAACAUGGCGAAGUCUCUCGAUGGUGUCAACGUCAAGUCGAAGCCGAUUGUGUCUCUAAGCGAUGACAAUAUGACAUCUUUCGUCUCAGCAUCAUUCGUUUUCAAGACCGAAGAGGGCAAAGCUGGCGAAACGUGUCAAGCACAGCUUGCCGUCACGUCAACUGCUUUCCCAGACUCUGCACCAAUAGUUCUGAAGCAACUGCGAGUAGAUUUCGCGGGAAGCUUGCAAACGAUCACCCUCGAUCAUUCUAUCGAGGAGAAGACGAAGGGCACGAUGAAGAAGCACAACACGUCGCUAGCCGCCAUAGCUCUCGUAGAGACGACAGGUCCAGAAUCAGAAGACGUGGAAGAGGCCGAGCGGGGCUCCGUCCUCAAUGGUCAAGCUGAUCUGGAGAUCAAGCCAGGCUGCACGUCAGUGUAUGAGAUGGCGAUACCGCUGCGCGAAUCCGGCGAGGCGCGCGCUGCAUCUGUCGUACUGAACUUCGAUACGGAUGCGUUCACCCUCGAUUACACAAUUGGUUUCCAGGCGGCGAAUGUGGCCGAUGUCUGGUUUGGUCCCUCGCUAUCAAAGAGACGCAUACCGCGUUUGAGCUCACAUGCCAUCCAUGUGCAGCCUAAGCCACCCAAGAUGGAAAUCCGGCGAAGCGCCAUCCUCCAGCAAUACUAUGCCAACGAAUCGAUUGAGCUACCACUCGAUAUUUUCAACGCCGAAGAUACAGAUGCAACGGCCAAGCUAGAGCUACAUGUGUUUGGCGAGCACGUACCUGCCCUUCGCGUGCAAGUCGACGGACUUGCAGAACAAAGUGUGAAGGCUGCCAAGGAAGAGUCGAGAUUUCAGGGCCUUGUUCUCGGUAGCAUCGAUGCCUCGCAGUCGAAGCGAGCUGUGCUGCACCUCAGCCCCUCUGAUGCGCCGACUUCGUAUGACAUCACUGCCAGGGUUGGCUAUCACCUAGCCACAGAUCCUGCAACGCCAAUCUUACAGGUCAUGACGUUCCAGGUCACCAUCGUCAACCCCUUUGAGGCAAACUACGACAUAGUGCCCCGCCUUCACCCGGAGCCGUGGCCGAGUCUCUUCGAUUUCGAGGGCACCCCGGAAACAGUGGACCGUGAAGAGUUGAUAGCCCAUCCACGCGGACUAGCACAGCGAUGGUCGCUCGUCUGUCAUUACGCGUCAUUCGCGACUGAGGACCUCCAAGUGGUCGAAAUGGAAGCCAAAGUACUGUCGUGCCUCCCAGGGGCACGUGGUCAUGCAGCUGGGCGGCCCGACCUUUCCCCAGCUGGGCUGAUUAUACCUCCAAAGUCGAUGCAAGAAGUCAAAUUUGACCUCAUCGUUCAGAAAUUGAGUCUCGACGACCGCGGCCCAGCCUCGCUCGAUGUGGCCUUUGUCCUCCACUGGCGCCGGGGCACGGCCGACCCGAGCAGCCCCGUCAACACGACGACCAUGUCGGUGCCGCGCUCCAUUGUCCUCGGCACCGAACCCCGCGUGCUGGCGUCCGUGUCCUACGUGAACGCUGCCACAGGACUCAUGCACCUGGACGUGACGAUCGAGAAUGCAUCCAGCCACUUCCUCACGUUUGGGCUGAGCCUUGAGCCGAGCGAAGAGUUUGCCUUUUCAGGGGCGAAACAGACGACGCUGCACGUGUUGCCAGUGAGCAGGCGAGCUGUUACGUACAGACUGCUACCGCUGGUGAGGGGUGCCUAUGUACGGCCCAACCUGGCCGUCAGGGACAAGUACUUCCAGAAAGUGCUGCGGAUCAUCCCGACGGAGGGGAUGAAGAUUGACAAGGAGGGUUUGCUGCUGUGGGUGCCGCCGGCGGAGGGUCAACCAGAGGAGGAGGGGGAGGAGGAGGAUGAAGAAGACGAGGAAGACGAGGCAUAG